CUCGCGCCAACGACCGCACAAGCGACCACGACCACGACGCCGCUGCUGCUGCUGCUGCCGCCGCUGCUGCUGAGCACCUUCGCAACGACCGCUCCGGCGACGUCCAGGGAAGAGCAAAAGCAUCGGCGGCGAACGACGCCGUUGGGGUGUGGGACUUAAGCGAAUUUAGAUUUUUUUUUGUUCCACUCCUCCUGCUGCUCAUCUCUUUAUCAGCGAAUAAAGAAGUCGUUAACAUUGUCACGUCGAAAUAAGUUGUUGAUUUUUUUUAAAACGAAAAAAAAACUAUUUAGCAAAAACAACCCAGAGAGAGAAGUGUUUCGCCAAGAGAAGACGCCGCCUGGAAGUGGAGGUGUGCUGGCUUGUUGGAUACGCGAGACGAGGACCAGCCGAGCUGCUUAGCGCUUUGCCAGCCGUGGGCAAGUCGAGCGUAGCGGCACGCGUGCCCAGUCGACGAGCGACCAUGCGUCCAGCACCGCCGCCGGUGCUCGCGCUGGCGCUGGUGCUGGCCUCCGCGUGCGGCGGCGUCCUCGCGCAGUCUCCCCCGCAGCCGGCCGUGCCACGCAUUCAACUCAACUUCCGAGAGCUGCAAGCCUCGGGCACACUCCAGAACUUCUCGCUUCUGAGCAGAAACAACGACUUCCGCAUCCUCCUGCUGGACGAGGACCAGGACCGCUUCUACGUGGGAGCCAAGGACCACGUCGUGUCCCUGGACAUGAACAACAUUGAGCGCGAGCCACUCACGGCCUACUGGCCCGCUGGGAGAGACAGCAAGGAAGAGUGCAAGCUGGCGGGCAAAGACGCAGAGGGCGAGUGCGGGAACUUUGUGCGCGUGAUCCAGCCCUACAACCGCACGCACCUGUACGUGUGCGGCACAGGCGCCUACCACCCCAUCUGCACCUACGCCAACGUCGGGCGCCGGGCAGAGGUAUUGCUGCCGCCUGGGGACCGCACGCUGCUGCUGAGCCACGGGAAACCAGAGUCGGGCAAGGGCAAGUGCUCCUAUAGCCCCAAACUGGAGAGCGUCUCACUCAUGAUCAAUGAGGAGCUCUGCUCAGGGGUGUACCUGGACUUCAUGGGGACGGACGCCACGCUGUUCCGUACGCUCGGCAAGCCGCACUCCCUGCGCACCGAUCAGUACAACUCGCGCUGGCUCAACGAGCCCGUCUUCCUGGACAUGCACAUGAUCCCGGACAGCGGCGACCGCAACGACGACAAGCUCUACUUCUUCUUCCGAGAGAAGGCCACGGAAUCUGGCAACCAGAAGUCUGUCUACGCGCGCAUCGGCCGCGUCUGCAUUAAUGACAUGGGCGGCCAGCGGAGUCUGGUGAACAAGUGGAGCACCUUCCUGAAGGCCCGGCUCGUGUGCUCCGUGACGGGCGCCGACGGCAUCGAGACUCACUUCGACGAGCUGCAGGACAUAUUUGUCUUAAAGACGGAAGAAGUGAGAAACCCUUUGAUCUACGGAGUGUUUAGCACCACCGGGUCGGUGUUCCGGGGCUCGGCCGUGUGCGUGUACAACAUGGCAGACAUCCGCAUGGUGUUCAAUGGGCCCUUUGCCCACAAGGAAGGACCCAACUACCAGUGGGUCCCGUACCAGGGCAAGAUCCCGUACCCACGGCCCGGCACUUGUCCCGGCGGCACGUUCACGCCCUUCAUGAAGUCCACCAAGGAAUUCCCGGACGACGUCGUGAGCUUCAUCCAGACGCACCCCACCAUGUUCAACCCCGUGCAGUCGAUCCACAAGCAGCCCAUCAUCGUGCGCACAAACAUCCCCUACAAGUUCACGCGCAUCGCCGUCGACCAGGUGGACGCGGCCGACGGGCGCUACGACAUCGUCUUCCUCGGCACGGAUCUUGGAACGGUGCAGAAGCUGAUCGUCCUUCCCAAAGACGACGCCGAGAGCAAGGAGGAGAUCGUGCUGGAGGAGCUCCAGGUGUUCCAGGAUCCAGUGCCGAUCUUAUCAAUGAAGAUCUCAUCCAAAAGACAACAGCUGUACGUGAGCUCGGCCGUGGGCGUGACGCAGCUGCCGCUGCACCGCUGCGGCGUGUACGGCAAGGCGUGCGCCGACUGCUGUCUGGCGAGGGACCCCUACUGCGCCUGGGACGGCAAGCAGUGCUCCAAGUACUUCCCCACCGCCAAGAGACGCAGCCGCAGGCAGGACAUCCGGCACGGGAAUCCCGUCACACAGUGCCGUGGCUUCAAUGGGAACCUGUACAAGCGGCUGCCGGAAGUGGUCCAGUUCGCCGUGGAGGGCAGCAGCACCUUCAUGGAGUGCGGCGCUCGCUCUCCUCAAGCCGCCGUCAAGUGGCUGGUGCAGCGCCUCGACAGCGAUCGCCGCAAGGAGGUGAAGCCAAACGAGCGGUUGGCUCGAACCGAACACGGCCUGCUGAUCCGAGCGGUGCAGCGCUCCGACGCGGGCAUGUACCACUGCCUGGCCACGGAGAACGGCUUCCGUCACACCCUGGGCCGCUACACCGUGCGCGUGCUGGACAGCGGCCUGGUCGGCGGGCUGCUCACGGGGGCCGCCGUUGGCACCGACCCCAGCGGCACCCCCCUGAGUCAGCAGAGCCCCGCGCAGAAGCAGGCCUACAAGGAGCUGAUGGAGCUGCUGGGCCAGUCACGAUCGAGCCAGUCCGGAUACCAGUGCCCCGGCACGCACCAGCCCACGCCGCAGGCCAAGCAGCAGCAGCAGCCGGCGGCGGCGCCGCCACCGCCGGCGCCGUUAGCGCAGCGGCAGCCGCAAGCGCAGCCGCAAGCGCAGCCGCAAGCGCAGCCGCAGAGCCACAAGCCGAAGGCGGCACCCAACCCGACUGCCACCAAGCACAAGCCGGCGUCCAAGGAAGAGUUGAAGCUGCGGAACCGACGCAACCCACAUGCAGUUGCUGCAGGCUAGAGGGGAUCCCGCGGGACCCCUCGUGUGUAACGCUUCUUCACUUUUUGUUGCCAAAUGUUCUCGUUUUUGUUGCUCGUUCAUUACAGACUCCCCUACAACAACAACAUCAAAAGAGGUUGGUUUUGGUUUUCUGGGUAGAAGCGCUGCGGCCUGGCUGUCGUGGCCCGCACGUCUCGGCAGUUUCCCCGAGACUCGAGAUGCUAACUUUACAGACGUCACGUGCACCCCACUGCGGCGGACGACAGUCCUCUGCUCCGGUGUCGGUGCGAGCGCCGUUGGAAUUGCGAAGCAUCACGAAGGCGCCACGUUAAGAUUCUCCACUCGCGCUUUUGUUGUAUUUUUUUCAGAGUGCUAGCAAUUAUAGCUGCCUUGCACCAUUAAGCUUACAAGCCUCCCCAUUCACGUACCAUCAGGAAGAGACGGGCUGAGCAUUCGGUGCUGCUCCUGUCUGCGGCCAAAGCAUUACACUUCUACUAAUUCAGUAUUUAAUAGAGGCUGUAUAUAGUGUGAUUUAUUUUUUGUGGGUGUGUUUGUUUCUGUUAUUUUAUAUAUAUAUUCUCACUAGUUCCUGCUGUCAGAAGGUUUGGUUAAUGUGUACAAUAUUGCAGAGAGUAUAGGGCCAAGCUUUUAAGAGUUUUUUUAUAUAUAUAUUUCUAAUUUAAGAGCAUUAUACAAAUGUACUUAUAUUGAUAAGAACCCCCUUCUUAGACAGUAGAGCUCUCUGGAAAGCAUGAAAUAAACCGGAUUUUUGUUUAAAAUAAAACUGUGAAAAACUCAAUCUCGAAAUCACACAACCUUAAUAAAAUUGUUGGCGCUCUAUAGCAGCAGCUGUUCAAAAUCAGAGCCCUCUAUUGUGCAGACAAGAAACCCUUCGAGUAAGAGGGAGUGUGAACUGCAAGGUUCCAUUUGUGGGAUUUGUACAGAGGACGCAAUAUUGCAUGAAGACAAGACGAGCGGGGAGCGUGUGUGAAACGUGCAGUCUUUUUAGCUGAGGAAAUGUGGUUACGAUUCACGAGGGCAGCUCCACGUUUGCUUUCCAAGCGAUCGUGGGAGCCUUGGUGAGACGUUAGCUUUAGACUGGGAUAGUUGGACCAGAUCUAGACAAACUAUAUCUUAUUUUCACAUACGAUGCUUCAUCAACACCAUUCUUAGGGGGGGGGGCGUAUUUCACUCGGUAACCAGACCAUACGCCAGCUCUGUUGCUAAUGUGAAUGGGUUAACAACUUCUUACUGCGUGAUAGACACCCGUUUAGGCGGUGCACAGUUUAAUGAAAUCAAAGGUUGCAAGAAAAAAGGAUAGAAAUGGUCAUGUGUGUAAGACAGUUGUUUGGAAUUGCAGUAACAGUGCAACGGGAACAAGCAGGCUCAGCGUGAUCGUUAAAGAACCAUGUGUUUUGUCAUUUAGAUUCAUAACAUUGUCAUUAGACGUUUUUAUAAAGGAUGAAUAUGUUGCUGUGGGUAAGGAAUAGGGACGAGUUUGUAGUGUGAUCGCUGUGUGAGCUUUCAAUGACGUCCCGGUCAAAUCAUGUUGUCCCACACAUCGGCAGUUGAUCCAUUAUCAAAAAUAACUCUAAAUAUAUCGAACGAAACACAUUUUUACCGACGUGACUACACAAGUUACCGAUGGAUUGUAGAUAACAUGGAAUAAGCUGUUACGAUUGUAUGUGUUUUUUUAUUACGAGUAGCAACAAUAAAGCUGUAAUGUGUCGAAUACAAUUUUGCUAUUAACAUUUUUACACGUGGGAGUACGGGGUUGUGUUAAGUGCAGCAAGUUCUGCUGAUAUUGUCCACGAUUUUUCGACUCAGGUGGCAUGUGGUUACAAAAUAAGCGAGGUCAAUGACGUUGGGUAAGAUGUACGCGUUGAGAGAAGAUCGGCCUAGACUCGGGCCCCUGUCAAGUGCCCUGCCCUGCAGCCUGGAGGAUUCACUAAGGGGGCAGCGUUGGCACCAGCGGUCGGUGCACUGCGCCACCACCCAGCCCGCCUCACUUUAGAUUCCUGGUCACGGCUCAACUUAGCGGCGAGCGAUAUCCGUGCGCCCCCUUCCACCAACCCGCAGCUCGCCGGCGUGGUGAAGUCCCGUCUCACGAACCCCGCCAUUGACACGGCGUGCAGCGAGGCCUUCAGCCAUGAGUGCAAUGACAGGGGGGGGGGGGGCCUGUACGUUGUUGUUAAUCGUUUGUUUUUCUAUCGAUACAAAUGGAGAGGGCUGUAUGAUGGCCGGUGGUGUAUUGCUGUUCCCUAGUAAACAAUAGUGUGCUUCAUUACAGGUGUCUGUAACGAGCGUUCGCAGAUGUCUGCACACGUGUGACGCUUAUUUGUGUAUUUUAGCUCUGCGCAGUACAUUAUCAACUGGAAUUAUGAUGCGGUACCUUUAUACGACAGCUUUUAUCAUUUGAGUUCAUAACAAUUCAAAUAAGCAGCACCAUCAUUCAAGUUAUUGAUAACGGAGCAAUAUAUGAAAUUAAAGUAUAUCACAUUUUCAGUUAAGAAACGUGAAUCAGAUGUUAUAUUUGUGUUGUAUUAUCAAGUAUGUGGAUGAUGUAUCUUUAAUUACUUAAUACUUUCAGCUGACAGUACAUCUUACUCCAAAAACCAUAUUACUGCGUGCUGUUAAAAUAUGUUGAAUUUCCUAAAGCAGGACUACCUAAGAAAGACAAGCUUAUGGCAGAGACACAUUGAUCACUGGAAGCAAUGCCACUUUAAACUGUGCCUGACGUGCAUGCGUAAUUGUCAUCAACCGCAGUGGAUAACGAAGGGAAUGCUCGGAGUAGUUUAUGUGAGGCGCUAUCUCCGAGCCAGUGAGAGGCAUUUCUAGAAGCUCUGCUAACAUGUUUGGAGAUCCUACAGUUUGCCCAAACCCAUAAAAUACAAUACUACAGUAUUUACAGUAGUUACAAAUCCUCUAAAUAUGACUGCAGCCAAUCCAAUCAGUGUGUGAUCAUAAUAUGCUUAGGUCUCUAUGUUCAAUGUCUUGUAUACAUUUAUGAUAAAUAAAAACCACGUUAUUUGAUGCAUCGAAUGUCAUGGAAUUGGCAUCGUUACUCUGAAAAGUUCCAUGUCUCUGGGCCUCAUUCGCUCCAUGAACUACCAGAGCUACCUGCCCACCAACACCUGAGCGUCGCAGCUUUUGGCCCCAAUAUGCUUCCACGUAUUACCUGGUGCCCUUUUUAGUUCUCUCUCUCUCACUUGGCGAGGUCGAGCUCCGUACGGUGUUACGAGGGUGCAGCACAGAUACGCCGCUGCUCGCUGCGCACGAUGCCGCAAAUCAGUUUUGUUUAUGAGAUGUCCCCACUCGGGAUUUUGAAUUCUCCAUUGUGGCAGUUCACCUAGCCAGCGUGCGCACGUGAAUGCAGCUGUUACCGUCUGCGGAGGUCAAGAACGUGUAGAGAGCACCGCCGUGACCGCAGUGCCCGCGCGCUCUCCCUCUGGUUCAAGGGGCUGGUGGGGGGGGGGUGCAAUCCCUUUGUCAAUAUUGGAUUCUCCUUAAACAAACAUCAACGCCGCCGCACUUCGGGAAACUGCAGCGAGUGCACAGAUGCCACUGUAAAGGCGACACGGGUGUGCAGGGUGAUUCAUUAACACAUACCCCGCUCGUAUGUAAUAGGGAGAAAGUAUACGAUUGUAGACUGCGAUUGAGGGCUGGCAUUUUGUGCGAGCAGACACAUCAUCAGUUCCUUUACGAGCUUUGCGCUGUUCACUUUUUUAAUGGGAAUUAGAAACUAAAUUUGCGUGAGAGCCACCGACCCACGAAUCUCCCUCCACCCGUGCUUACCACCCCACCACCACCACCAACACCUUCCUUCGCCGUUUCUGUAAAAAAAAAAACACGGAGCCAUCUCUUUAACAGCAUCCCUUCAACCCGCCUGCCGAGACGAGAGGAAGAGUCGAGGGGAGGAGGAGGGGGGAGGGGCUAUUGAGAAACCAGUGGGGUGUCUGUAAGUGGAUCACGUUGUCCGCAGGCUGGCCCUGCUGUGCCCAUCGCUGGCCCCACAAACCGCGUGGCGUGACUCGGGAUCUUCCCGCAGAUGGCCCCUGACUGGCUCGCUCCCUCCCUCGCGACCGCAGCGUUGUCGACGGUGUGCGGAGAGCAACGCGUUGCUGUACAUUUCACUGUUCUUGCGCGCGCUGUCGAUUUUUUUGUUCUGGGUUGUGUUUUAUUUUUAAAAGGCUUGUGUAUAAAUAGUUUGUGGAGUCUGAACAGGACUUUGGGCGCGCGUGUGUGCGUGUGACAGGCGCGUGUGUGUGUGUGUGACACACGCGUGUGUAAAUCGCCCCGAAUGCUACUUUUUUUGGAGCCAGAAGUUUGUAAACACCACGUAUCUAACUCAUGUAAUCGCGGUAUUUGCAUUUAUCAAAGUGUUUCGAAAGGGCAGGCAUCGUAAGCGCACCGUGUAUAGGUUCCGUGCUACAGCUGCGUGUGUGUAUAUAUUGUAAGUGACAUUUGCGAAGAGCUCGUGGGUGUCUCUGCAGAUGUUUCUCAGAGCAUGCCUGUGCUGCUGGGGAGCAUUCGCACAACGUCGUGCAGCAGCCUCGCCAACGAUGUGAUUGCUUCUCAAGCCUCGGUUUGGGUGCUGUUGAAUAUUUGCAUUGAAAGAAGAGGGUGGCGGCGGAGCUGAGAUGAGCACAAAUUGCGAAGUCAAAAAAGGGACGAUACGAUUUGUUGAAGAGAAGCAAUGGUUGAGGAUUAAGGACACACUUUGAGGCAAACGCAAAACCGACAAUGAUGACAACCGAAAUGAACAUUUGAACCUUACGGCGGUACCACAGGAGCCCGGCUCUCGCACAAUGUCCGUGAUGCGGUCACUUGUAGUCUGCUGAUGGUCGGCGAUGCGGCAAUCGACUCAUCUCGACGAGCUGUGCACGAUGCACGAUUCAAAGUUGAAUUUUUCGAUAACGGAUUUUUUUCAUGCUGAUGUUUGGCGUUUCGACAUCACGGAGUGGCACUGAUUUCGGAUUGAUUGAUACCCCCGUCUUGGAGUUAAGUACGCCCCUGGAAAAAUAGUGUCCCAGAAAUAAACAUUUUAAUUGCAUCGGACAUUUUGUAUUAUUUUGUGCCCCGGGGUUCCGCCAUAAGGAUCAGCUGCUAAAAGUUAUGACAGCGUGAUUCACCGUCGAGGGUGUUUUAAAGUAAAGAGUGCAUUAAUGUUGUUUUAUUAUGUGGUGAGGUAAUAUGUGAGGGGGAAGCCGUUUUAAUUAGUUCACGUAUGCGGUAGUGUCCGUGCAUGGGGAGCGGUAGUGUAGCAGCGCGAUUAUCUGAACCGGUCCUGGGCCUCUCCUAGGUAGACUCAGUUUCAAAUGAGUAGCUGGGUGCGGUGUGUAAACGUCGCCACUGGGGAGACAAAUGCAGUCGGGCGUGGUGCUGGCCACCCACCCCCUCGUGUGCCGUGCCGGCCUUCAUAGGUGCUCGCUACAGCACUUGCCCCAACAAUCUGCUCAGGCUAUACGGGGGAUCUUUGUCACGUAUGCAACAAUGUUCAUUGGAGUGGUGCCAUCAGUGAAGUGCUCACGUUAAUGCAACAUCACGUGACUCCAGAGAAACGUGUUAACCUGGACUAAGAUGAACAUUUGUCCUAAAGCCCUCACUACAUUCCACGUCUCCCCGACGAGAGAUUAGUUUUUUUGUUUCACCUAACGGGUUAUCGUCAUCUUCUCGCGCUAAAAGUAUAAAACAAAUUUCGCCGUGCAUUUUCGUUCGCGUUAAAAGUUUCAACGUCUAUCAACGAAAUUGGGGAUCGGCCUGUGCAGCUAAAAUAAUUCAAUCACCACUUUCAUUUGGCCAAUUUCAAGUGGUGCACGGUCUGUUCCACAAAUUGUCACCUAGCCUAACUCAAAAAUAAAAGUACGAUUUGGGCUUCCUGGAAGGUGUCCGUUCCUUUUUUAGACAAUUACCUGCACAGUCAUUGCAGGUCACCCAGUCUGCACAGUGAGGGGCUACCCAACACUGGUGCAGGCGCCCACAGGCCCUGAGCAAACGACCACUGCUCCCUUCACGUUGUCAUCAUUGCAUCGUUAAUUACCAACGUAGCAGAUCGAGCAUUGUGGGGGUGGGGGGGGGGGUCCCCCACAGCUCUAAUUUUCCUCCUAUUUAGAAUGUCUCACAGUGGUAACUCACCCUUUUUGGCUGCAUAGGCGCCGUAGGUAAUCACGUGUGUCAGCAGCAGUGUCCGUUAUACAUUCACGCUCCCGUUCACCGUGCCGCACGUGUCGGUCGAGUUGGGGGAAUGGUGUAGAAUCCAUGCGCAUAACCCGCUGACCUUUGGCACCUCAGGCAAAGGUCACGGUGCCGAGUGGUGCCCGCCAACUUGGGUGUUUGUCGCCGCCGGUACACGCGUGCGUGUGCACCCACACUGCGCUCCUGAGUAUACCCAAGCAUGUACACGGACACACCGUACGGGAUACAUACCCGUCUGAGUAGAUGCGGUAUGAUGCGCUCACGCUCGCACGUUCGGUACGCGAUGUUGCGUCUCCGCUUCGCGAGAAUGGACUGCGGUGUAUUCUGAAUGGGGUACACAGCGUGGCGUAUUCCAAGCUCCGAGUGCACGACCUUACCGACUUGCUACUUGGAUUUCCCCGCUCCCUCCUCCUCCUCCUCCCCGCUCUCUCUUCGCCCCCUUUGAGUGCGUUUUUUGGAUUGGAGUUUUCCAUGGAUCGAUUUUUGAAUGAAAUCAAUCCAUAAAAUCAAUACAGCAGAACUCCUCUUAUCCACGACCCUGUCAUUCAUGGAAGCUGUGGGACCUGUGAAAACAUAUUAUCUGCUCUCCAACUCUUACAAUUACCCACGAUUACGUGCUGAUUUUACCAACCUGUACUGUGGAACGGCUUCCUAUUAUCAUAAUUAUCCGUGCAUUUUUCUCAGAUCAGGCGGUUUUUAUUUUGUCCUUUCUCGCCCCAAAUGUGUGUUUCUUUCGGACAAACGAAGUUCGUGAAAGACAUCGCGGAUCAUAGGAUCCGCGAUGCCCGCCCCCUACAUCGGCGCCGAUAAAGAGUUGUGCUUCUCGCGACUUCAACACUCGACACAAUGCUCAAAUAAUGCCCAGCGCCGGCGCAGUGUAUGUGUACAGAUGUUAACACGCAUGUGAAAUAUGUGAGUGCGCGCGUGUGUUGUUGAAGUGCAUUCAACUGUUUAUGGACAAACAAACAAAAAAAGUAUGAUUGAGCUUAAACAUAAACACGGGACAUAGCCACUGGAGGCGAUGCGGGCUCCAGCUCGUUUUGCCUGGGCUCCGGCCGAGUUUGACAGCACAUGGGCUCAUGUUUCCAUAGCACAUGUCUCACCGAUACACGUUUCUGCAUUGCGUAGCUGUAACGAGCGGCUGAGCGCAAGUCAGUAGAGCCUUGGGCGCGUGCGCCUGCAAGGCAGCGUGACUGGAUAGCUGCUUGAACACGUAAGUGGGCUUUUCGCGACAGAUAUUAUCCAUGGGUUUAGGGGUUUAGGGGUUUUGGGGGGUCAGGUCGCGUCAGUGGAUCGGUGGUGUUUGCGCGCUGAGAGCAACAGCGCCUUUGGUGGACGGAGGAUGGACGACGUUGCCGCUCGACCGAGAUGAGAAGAGCAUGGGAACAGCGGGAAACGGGGAGAGAUACCCCCACGCUGACAGAAAGAUGUCAUUGAAUGGGCGUCACUUGCUUGCCUCCCCUUGAAAUGAACCACACCAACAUUCGCAUAUUUCAUAGUUUAGCCGAAUCGUUUUAUACGUUUGUUUUUUGUAACGGGGUGUAACCGUGCGUUUUCGUGUUUAUUUCAAAAGUGAUGUCCGUGUUGGGAAAACAAUGUAUGUAUAUUCAAAGGGUGCUUUUAAACAGCAACAAAAACAUCACCACUUCUUAUUCUGUAGUGUUGCAUCAAAUCAUCAUCAUUAUUAUUAUUAUAUCUAAAAGUAGACAUUCCCCGAGGACUGAGAUUGUUCGACGUUUUCAGAUCAUAACGCAAUGAAAGUGGUAACGUCUUUGAGCUGUGAUUCUGCAAUCUGACAACUGCUGUUGGUCACACUAUUAUCGCAUUUCAUGUCAAACGCAUCUGCUUUCCUAUGUUGUGGAAACAAAAGUGAUGAUGAGCAUUCAAAAGUACCACUCCUCGUGUAUGUAUUAGCACUGUUUAACACGUGGCAGGCUUUUGCGACCAAUAUCAUCCAUAAUAGAGGUUGUUUUAGGUUAGAUCGCAUGAAUGUAAAUGUGUCGUUAAACCCGCCACCACCCGACACAGCCAGUUGAUCACGUGAAUAGAACAAGCCAAUGCUUUACUAGUACAGCACACCACCAGCCAGCGGUGUAUUGGAGAGUAAACCCACAAUUGAAAAUGUUAGGUGGUGGCGGGUUUAACGACACAUUUAUAUUUACGCGAUCUAACCCAAAACAUCUAUUGUGGAUGUAUUAGCACUGUUGUUGUUGUUAUUAUUGUAGUCUCUCCCCUUAAAGUAGACCCAUAAGAGUGGACAUUAGUAAGUACUACGGGGUAUAUGAGUUGUUCUCACUUUUACCGUGUUUCGCGUUUGCUUCAAUGUAUUGUUACUUGCUGUAUUGUAGCAAAUGUGUAUUCCCCCUUUGCUUUGUAAUGGACAAGAGAAGGCACAAUUAAAAUAUAUGUU